GGAUAUAUGAUGACUGCAACAAUACCUGCAACACGGAGCAGAGACAAACUGAUCCCAACAAGAAAAGCAACAGAGCCGAUGGUGAGACUUAGGCGAGCACUGUGGUUGGCACUGAGCAUGCUCAGUUUGUCUCUGCUGCUUGUGGCACUGGGAAUUUAUACAACCACCCUGACAGAGACAGUGAGUGUCUCUGGCUACGCUUCUGGGAUUAUUUUGACCUUGGGAUCCUUCCUGGGGCUCUUGGGACUUGGCCUGGAGGAAAACCGCAGGCAUCUGAUAACAGCGGCCAUAGUUUUCCUCAGUUUUGGAAUCAUCACAUCUGUCUUGUGCCUGAUGAUAGAUGGAGCAUCCAUUGCCUUUAACAUGGAUAUGCGACCAUUAAGAGCAGGACGGUGUCAGUAUUACAGCGGUGGAAAUGGUUACCUCUAUGAAAACUACUACACCACAGUUUCAUGUUGGAGUUUAGAGGAAACAUGUAACAUAACUGUCAGAAGUGGGACCUGUUAUUGCUGUGAUCUGUACGGCUGUGCUAUUGGGGGAUACCUGAACAACUACUAUGAGUUUGUGGGAGUUCAUAGCUGCCAUGAUGUUUUCACUUUAUACUUUCUCAUCUGGAGUCUGACGGGUCUUAACCUUAUGGCCUUCUUCAUGGGCAUCCUUACCACUGCAGUGCUGGGCAGCAUCAAGUACAAGAGGGGUCCUGGCCUGGGGUCCGAACCCACCGGGAGAGGGCUAUCCUCUCCCUCUGCUCCUUUGCUGAUGGAUGCCAGCGCCCACACCACCCCACAGCUCCACCCGGGAGCAUCUUUGUACAUUCCCUCUUCAUCAUCAUCACCACCAGUAGCAGAAUCAGUACCACAUGUCUCCAGUGUGUCCCAGAGUUUUCCAAUGACGCUGCCUUGUGGAACAGAUUUUAAUUCUCUCCACUUUACCCCUCUGUCUUACCGGGCGUGAGAUCACCACACACAUAUUAUUGAAUGUACUGUGGUUCACUGUCUCAUUCACCCUUUACAGACAAAUCAUGCUCUAAAUAGCAUAGUAUUCAGUUUUAUAAUGUUUUUAUAU